AUGGCCGACACUCCCGUCACUCUGCGGACUCGCAAGUUCAUCCGCAACCCUCUGCUUGCCCGCAAGCAGAUGGUCGUGGACGUCCUCCACCCCAACCGCCCCAACGUCUCCAAGGACGAGCUCCGUGAGAAGCUGGCCGAUCUGUACAAGUCCAACAAGGACCAGGUCUCCGUCUUCGGUUUCCGCACACAGUACGGUGGUGGUAAGAGCACCGGCUUCGCUCUGGUCUACGACUCCUCCGAGGCCCUCAAGAAGUUCGAGCCCCACUACCGUCUCGUUCGCAUUGGUGCCGCCAGCAAGAUCGAGAAGGCUUCCCGCCAGCAGCGCAAGCAACGGAAGAACCGCUCCAAGAAGUUCCGCGGUAUCGCCAAGGUCAAGGGCCCCAAGAAGAACAAGGAUUAA